AUGGUGAACAUUUUUCAACGAUUUCUGAAACGAGCGCCGAGCUCAAGUGCACCACCUGUCGCCGGAUCAGGAACACAAAAUGAACAGUCGCAUGCUCUACACAGAACAACGAGUGCCAACUCUGCAAAACGAAGUCGACCUCAUGAUCUUCCCGCUGAAAACCCAGUACCGCGACACCUUAUCUUGAUAUCUGAUACACCAGAAUUCGAUCCGGAGAUCAUUCGGCGGUUCCAAGCGGAGGCAUUUCAAGUGCAGUAUUUACCGUUCAUAUCCACUGGAGAACUAGAGAGGGACCGCAAGAAUUUAGAAUAUGCAGUACAUGAGAAGGAAGAUGAUUUGGAAGCAGGGGAAAGGUUUGCGAUUGUGGCAUACAAUUGGCCUGCAUAUUGCCUUCUUGCAUCUCAUCAUCUAAUAGCAAGCAAUACCAAUCCAUUCCCUCGGCUCUGCGCUCUAAUCGCAUAUCAUCCUCUCUCUUCGAUGAAACCACAAAAACCAAAGAAGUAUAUCGAUGGGCAAGAAACAUGCGUACCAGCCUGCUCCGAUACCGAGAACAUCUUCAAACCAGGUCCAUCGGCAAAUUUACUUCCUAUCCAGAUCCAUCUACCUGGCCAAAAGCCCAAUGCCUGUGCAUUCUGGCCAUGGAUUGCAUUAAGUGCUUCCGAAGGCGAUGUGACGUACAAAAAGCGACAUCGGUGUCAUGUUUUUGGUUACCCUGAUUCUCCAAAUGGGUUCAGUGAGCAAAACCCAUCAACUCGGAGUCCGAAAAAUAAGAGAAAAAGCGAAGAGAACUCUGGAACACAUAUCAGUUCCUCAGUCGCGUGGAGCCGGACAUUGGGGUGCUUGAGACGCGCAUUUGGAGCUGGAUGUAACUGGCCUGCUGUUGCCAUUGAGACAGUUUGGGAAGAAUAUUGGCAGCACUUACUGACGGAUCUGGAUAUUGCCAAGGGAUUAGACGAGGAUAAUUCUGCGUCUUGGUCUGUGAUGCAAAUUCUGGGUGGUCAUCGUGAUAUGCAAGAUGAAGAGGGAAUUUCUCUCGAGUGUAUUCCUACGCAAGCAGGAGGCUCAGAUCCCCAGUCUCUCAGGGAUUUCUUCAAAAAUACCUAUAUCCCUUCUGGCCCUACAGAUCAGCAUAUUCGACUCCUCUCUAGAACUGUGGGUACUGAUCGUAUUGUGGACGAGAUAUCGUUUUCAUUCCACCAUACCGCCGAUGUUCCGUGGCUUUUACCUGGUGUUUCACCUACGAACCGUGAUAUUUCGGUAGUCGUCGUUGUGGUGGCCACUUUCCGUGCAGAUCGCAUUGUGAAUCAGAAGCUUUAUUGGGAUCAAGCAGAUGUGCUGGUGCAGGCUGGGAUUCUGGAUUCAGCCCUUGUACCUAAGAUGAAGGCAAUUGUAUAG